AUGGAAAGACAAAGGAAAGAGGAGGAACGUUAUCAGGAGCUGGAGGAGCGGCAAAGACAGAAGGAAGAAGCGAUGCGAAAGAAGAAAGCAGAAGAGGAAGAAGAACGUCUAAAACAGAAACUGUUGGGUAAAAACAAAUCACGCCCUAAACUAUCUUUUGCCUUAACUCCAAAUAAAUGCUAG